CAUCCCCGUGCGCUUGACUCUGCUCUCGUCUUCCUCCUCCUCGAUCUCCCAGAUCCAAACCGAACCCAACCAAGCGGCCGCGGCGCUCUAAAACCUCUCCCGCUCCACGCGCGGGGCGCAUGAAACCCUAGCGAGAGGCGCCAGAUCUCCCGCAUCCGGAUCGCCGCCAUGGCCGCCGCCACCGCGCUGGACUCGCUGCCGGCGCCGCUCCGGUCGCUGCGGCUGAAGACGAAGCAGCAGGAGCUCCUGCUCCGGGUCUCGGCGCUGGCGCUCAUCUACGUGCUCGCGUUCGUCGUCCGCCUCUUCUCCGUGCUCCGCUACGAGUCCAUGAUCCACGAGUUCGAUCCCUACUUCAACUACCGCACCACGCUCUUCCUCUCCGACCAUGGAUUCAGCGAGUUCUGGAACUGGUUCGAUUUCGAGAGCUGGUACCCGCUCGGCCGCGUCGUCGGCGGCACCCUCUUCCCGGGCCUCAUGGUCACCGCCGCGCUGCUCCACCGCCUCCUCCGCGCGCUCUCCCUCGCCGUCCACAUCCGCGAGGUCUGCGUCCUCACCGCCCCCUUCUUCGCCGCCAACACCACGCUCGUCGCCUACGCCUUCGGCCGCGAGAUCUGGGACUCCGGCGCGGGCCUCGUCGCCGCCGCGCUCAUCGCCGUCUGCCCCGGCUACAUCUCCCGCUCCGUCGCGGGCUCCUACGACAACGAGGGCGUCGCCAUCUUCGCGCUGCUGCUCACCUUCUACCUCUUCGUGCGCGCCGUCAACACGGGAUCUCUCGCAUGGUCGCUCGCCUCGGCGUUCGGCUACUUCUACAUGGUCUCCGCGUGGGGAGGCUAUGUCUUCAUCAUCAAUCUGUUGCCGCUGUACGUGCUCGUGCUGCUCGUCACGGGGAGGUACUCGCAGAGGCUCUACGUGGCCUACAAUUCCACGUAUGUGCUUGGAAUGCUACUUGCGAUGCAGAUCCGGUUCGUUGGGUUCCAACACGUCCAGUCUGGGGAGCACAUGGCCGCUAUGGGAGUAUUCUUCCUUUUGCAGGUUUUCUUUUUCUUGGACUGGGUGAAGUACCUGCUGAAUGAUGCCAAACUAUUCAAGUCAUUCCUGAGAAUCACCCUGACAUGUGUGAUAACUGUUGGCACCCUAGCUCUUGGAAUUGGUACCGCGUCAGGUUACAUCUCCCCUUGGACAGGGCGGUUUUACUCCCUGCUUGAUCCAACCUAUGCAAAGGACCAUAUACCAAUCAUUGCAUCAGUAUCUGAGCAUCAACCAACAGCGUGGUCUUCGUUCAUGUUUGAUUUCCACAUCCUUCUUUUCCUGUUCCCAGCAGGCCUCUACUUCUGUUUCAAGCGCUUGUCAGAUGCCACAAUAUUUAUAGUUAUGUAUGGCCUCACGAGUAUGUACUUUGCUGGUGUGAUGGUUCGGUUAAUUCUUGUUGCAGCGCCAGCUGUUUGCCUUAUUAGUGCCAUUGCAGCAUCAGCUACAAUAAAAAAUCUGACUACCUUGAUUCGGACAAAAAGCAAAAGUCCACAAACUGUCUCUGGAAAAUCAUCUGGCUCAAAGGCAGCUGCAAAGGGUGCAGUUGAUCAAUCCUUGCCUUUCCAGCAGAAUGUGGCCAUUGCUUUACUUCUGGGUGCUUUCUACUUGCUUAGUAGAUAUGCUGUACACUGCACUUGGGUGACAUCUGAAGCUUACUCUUCUCCUUCCAUUGUUCUGGCCGCAAGGGGUCAUAAUGGAGGCAGGGUCAUAUUUGAUGAUUAUCGUGAAGCGUAUUAUUGGCUUCGUCAGAACACUCCUUCUGAUGCAAAGAUUAUGUCAUGGUGGGAUUAUGGAUACCAAAUCACAGCUAUGGGGAACAGAACUGUUAUUGUUGAUAACAACACAUGGAAUAAUACACAUAUAGCUACAGUUGGGCGUGCAAUGUCAUCCUAUGAAGAUGAAGCGUAUGAGAUAAUGCAGUCACUGGAUGUGAAUUAUGUGCUUGUCGUAUUUGGUGGUGUUACUGGUUAUUCUUCAGAUGACAUUAACAAGUUCUUAUGGAUGGUGCGCAUUGGUGGUGGAGUUUUUCCUGUAAUCAAAGAGCCUGAUUACCUUGUUAAUGGGGAGUAUCGUGUCGACAAGGGGGCAGCACCAAAAAUGUUGAAUUGCUUAAUGUACAAGCUUUGUUAUUACCGUUUUGGAGAACUGACCACAGAAUAUGGAAAACCUCCAGGAUACGAUCGAGUACGAGGAGUGGAGAUUGGCAACAAAGACAUUAAGCUUGAGUACUUGGAGGAGGCAUUCACAACUUCGAACUGGAUAGUGCGCAUAUACAAGGUCAAACCCCCGAAGAAUAGGUCUUGAGGAGAGGAAUCAUCUCUUGGUUAGUAUCUGGUGCUAUUACCUUGAGGUACAUUGUGUCAAGUCAAAACGUAUUGGAGUUCCUACAGGAGACGGGCAAUUGAUUUGAAAAUCUGCAUCAGCUGCCCCCAAGUGCGAUCUUUUGUUUUGGUGAGACUGACGGAAGUAGACCAUAGGUCAGUUUGAAGUAACGAUCAUCCGUCUUCCCCUAUAUCAUUUUGUUAGAUGUAAUCAGGUGCCAUUCAGAACUAGCAAUUGCGACGACCGAGUACUUUUUGAUUGCUGAGCAUGGUAUGACAGUACUCCAGAUGUUUUUGUAAGCACAACAGCUUAUUUGCGUAGUAACUUUAGAUCGGGUUACACGGGACACUUGCAAUUUUCUGGUGUUGAAGACAACAAUGAAUAACUUAACUGUGGUUGCUCUGUUUUCCUC